AUGUCUCCUGCAGUUGACCGCACAGACGAACAUACUCACUGGCGGUGUUUAGAUUGCGAACAUACGAGAAGGCCAAACGGCGUCAACAAAAAGGCCGAUAAGACAUGUGUCGAAUGUGGGAGAGAAAUUCAGCUUGCUUCAAAGGCCUUGAAUGAAGCUGGAGAAUACAUUGGAAUACUUGGCUUGAUAUCAGAUGAGGGAGAACUGUGGAUAUGGGAACCCAAGAAGUCCGAAAAGCGUCCGUUGAAUAUGGAGGAGGGCGAAUCGUCAGGACAAGGUACUCAAGCCACUGCGGCCGAGUGA